UAUCUGGGGGGAAUAUUCAGUCGAUUGUGCACAGCACCAAGUGGGGUAGGAAGGGAACUUUUUCCUGCAAGCACAAGAAGUUUCCCUGUUGUUUGGAUUUGUGAAGACACAGGUGGAAAACAGGUUAUUUUCCCUCUUCGGUGAAUCAUUGGACACAAGGGAGAGAAUAAAGGAUUUUCUUUUAGAGAACUUUGGUUGGUGGUUGGACUCUGGGACUUGGAUUGGGAAACAACAAACUAAGAGACUGAAAUGGGAGGAUGGGCGCUGCGUCUCGCUGUGUGGAUCUACGUUCUCAUGCUCGCUGUGGCAGCCAGCCGUGCUAAUGAGGUGAACCACUGUACUGCUGUGAGGGCAAAAACCUGCUCAGAAUGUAUCCAGAUCGCCACAGGAUGUGCUUACUGCCCCGAUGAGAUCUUUGAGUAUGAGCGUUGUGACCUGAAGGAAAACUUGGAGGCCCGUAAAUGUAGUAGUCGGAUGGUAACAAUUAAGAGCAGCUGGAAAAUUGUAGAGAAUGUGCAAAUGAAUAAGUCACUAAAGUACUCUCAGGUGGCCCCUCAGCUAAUGAGCAUGACGCUUCUCCCCGGGGAGGAGAGGGAGGUGGAGAUGGAGGUGUUUGAACCAACCCGUGGCCCUCUGGACCUCUACAUCCUCAUGGACUUCUCCAACUCUAUGUCUGAUGAUCUGGACAACCUGAAGAGGAUGGGAGACCAGCUGGCUGAGCUUGUUGGCAAACUCUCUGACGAUUACACCAUCGGAUUUGGCAAGUUUGUGGACAAAGUCACCGAGCCUCAGACAGACAUGAGACCAGCUAAAUUAAAAGAGCCGUGGGCCAACAGCGACUCUCCGUUUUCAUUCCGUAACGUCAUCACUCUCACCAACAACAUAAACACCUUUAGACAGAAGCUCCAGCAAGAGCGCAUAUCUGGCAACCUGGAUGCCCCCGAGGGGGGUUUUGAUGCCAUAUUACAGGCUGCUGUCUGCCAGGAACAAAUUGGCUGGAGGAAACACAGCACCCACUUGCUGGUCUUCUCCACUGAAUCAGCUUUCCAUUAUGAGGCAGACGGUGCCAAUGUGCUCGCGGGCAUCUUGGAUCGUAAUGAUGAGCAAUGCCAUCUGACUUCAGAUGGAAAUUACACACAUGAUAUUCGUCAAGACUACCCAUCUAUACCCACCCUAGUGCGACUUCUGGUGAAACAUAACAUCAUUCCAAUCUUCGCCAUUACUAACCACUCCUAUUCAUACUAUGAGAAACUCAAUGAAUACUUCCCUAUUGCUGAGCUGGGACAGUUACAAGAAGAUUCCUCCAACAUCUUGAGCAUUUUAAAAAAUGCUUUUGAAAAUAUUCGUUCCAAGAUCAGUAUCCGUGCAGAGGACAGACCAAAGGCGGUGGAAGCCAAGAUUCUCUCUCAGUCUGGCACUUUUUCUGAAUUUGGCAAUUUCAAAAUCACACCAGGUGAAAUUGGUAAAUUUAGAGUCCGUCUGAAGGCUCUUACUCAGGUGGGAGAGCAGCAUGUGUGUAAUGCCAACCAGGCUGACCGGGCUGGAACCUUAAGAGUCAAACCAACCACAUUUAGCUCCGCCUUCAGAAUCAACGCCGAAGUGCUCUGUCAUACAUGUGACUGCGAAAAGACUCCGGUUAAAAAUGCAGCGCGCUGUAACGGCCAAGGAGAUCUUGUCUGUGGGAAAUGCCAGUGUUCUGAUGGAUGGCUAGGCCCUUUCUGUAACUGUUCAGGCAUCUGUAAUGGCCGUGGUGUGUGUAAAUGUGGUCGUUGUGAGUGUGAACACUCCGGACUUCCACUGAGCCCCACUUGUGAAGCAAACUUCCAGCAACAAUUGGGUAUGUGUGAAGCCAAGAGGAGCUGCGUUCAGUGCCAGGCCUGGAACACAGGAGAGAGAAAAGGACGGAAAUGUGAUGAGUGUCCCUUUAAAAUCAUCAGGGUGGAAGAGCUUGAAGACCAUAAAAACGUAAUAGAGACAUGCAGUUUCCGUGACGAAGAUGACGACUGCACAUAUCACUACACUGUGAAUUAUCCAUUAAACAUCACAGACAAAGAACACCACGUCCUAGUAAAGAAAAAGAAAGACUGUCCACCUGCAGGUUUCCUGUGGUUGAUUCCUCUCAUUAUGUUUCUGAUGCUAUUGCUUGGUUUGCUUUUGCUCUGCUGCUGGAAAUACUGCGCCUGCUGCCAGGCAUGUCUUGCUCUUCUCCCAUGCUGUGGCAGAGGUCGUAUGGUGGGAUUCAAAGAAGACCACUACAUGCUACGUCAGUCUUUGUCGACCACUGAUCAUUUGGACACCCCAAUGGUGCGCACCGGCCCACCCAAGAGCACAGACAUUGUGCGCUGGAAAGUGACAGACAAUGUUCAUCGAGGACCAAACCACCCACAGAACCAAAUCAAACCCAACCCCAAAGAGACCAUCCAGUACCCUAUCUCUCUUCGUCUGAACCGGCAAUAUUCAGAAACUCUAUCCAAAGAGUCUCGGGACACAGACGUGCUCAGGCGAGAAGUAGAGGACAACCUCAAUGACGUGUUCCUGCAGAUCCCUGGCGCACAGAGAGUGCAAAAUACUCUGUUCAGGACACAAAGAAAUUCUGGAAAGAGACAGAACAACACGAUUGUAGACACGGUUUUAUCUGCCCCUCGUGCCAGUUACCCAGAUAUAGUGAAACUGACAGAUAAACAGGUUCAGGCUGGAAACUUCCGGGACCUGAAAGUGGUUCCAGGCUACUACACCGUAGCUACUGACAGAGAAGCGGCAGGUGCUGUGGAGUUUCAGGAGGGCGUGGAGUCAGUGGAUGUCCGGGUUCCCCUCUUUAUGAAAGAUGAGGAUGAUGAAAAGAAGGAGCUGCUUGUUCAAGCUGUUGAUGUUCCAGUUGGAAUUGCGAAGAUCGGCAAAGAUCAUGUCAACAUCACUGUGAUUAAGGAACAUGCUAGGAACAUCUUUACCUUCCUGCAGCCGUCAUACACCUACAGUCGUCAGGAUGGCGUGGCAAACAUCCCGAUCAGUCGUGAGAUCAUAGAGGAUGGAUGGACACAGGUCACAUAUUGCACCCGUGACCUCACUGCCAAAGACAAGAAGGACUAUAUCUCAGUUGAUGGAGACUUGAGUUAUGGACCAGGGGAAACACAGAAGACAGUCCCAGUGAAACUCUUGGAGCUUGGGGAGGGAGAUGGACUGCUAGAGGACAAACAAGUCAAACAGUUUGUGAUGGAUCUGAGCAACCCACGGCAAGGUGCUAAACUGGGCCGCUACCCACGCACCACUAUCACCAUCGCAGAUAAACCAGAACCCAGUGUUUUGAUGUUUAAGAAGAGUACUCAAACUUACAAUACAACUGACCCGCUCUACUCCAUCCCUGUGGUACGCACUCGAAACCAGGAGGGUCCGACCACUGUGUACUGGCGCACAAACAAAGCCUCACGCUUCGACCUCUCCAGUCCUCUCAAAUUUGUUCCUGGCGAGACGGAAAAGAACAUCGUCAUUGAUCCUCGUUUGUAUCCAUCUCCCAUUAUACCUGAGACCUUCCAACUGGAACUAUUCGACCCAAGCAACAAUGCAAUCAUUGGAGAGAAGAAAACUACGCUGGUGAACGUCAUCGAUGGUAGAGGGGAUGGGAAAAUGGAUUUCCAGAAAAUGGAAUAUGUGAAUCAGUCAGUCACAUCUCCUGGAGGACGGCUCUAUGCCCCAAACAACAUCAAAGCUGUUGCUUCUGGCCCUAAAAACAUCCGCCUGAACUGGAACCCCAGUGCAAAUGCCAGUGGUUACAAGGUGAAGUACUGGAUUUAUGGAAACCCUGAGGCUGAUGCUCAGGUGCUGGAUGUGAAGACUCCUCAAGCCGAGCUGACUAAUCUCUACCCAUACUGCGACUAUGAGAUGCGCGUAUGUGGCUACAAUGCACUCGGAGAGGGCAAUUACAGCGAUAUCAUUCAAUGCCAGACUCUAGAGGAUGUACCUGGUGAACCUGGUCGCCUGGCUUUCAAUGUCAUCAGCCCCACUGUCACUCAGGUCAGCUGGGCAGAGCCAGCAGAGACGAAUGGUGUCAUUACUUCAUAUGAAGUUAUCUACACACCCAUCAACGAGAACAAGAAGCCUAUAGGACCUUCUAAGAAGGUAAUGAUUGACAACCCCAAAAAGCGCAUGCUGCUCAUCGAGAACCUGCAGCCUUCUCAGACCUACUGUUACAAAGUGCGUGCUCGCAAUAAGGUGGGCUGGGGCCCGUACAGAGAUGCCACAAUCAACCUGGCUACACAACCUACCAGACCCAUGUCAAUUCCCAUCAUUCCCGAUAUUCCCAUUGUGGAUGCAGAAGCUGGAGAUGAAUAUGACAGCUAUCUGAUGUACAGUAAUGAAGUACUACGAUCCCCAACGGGUAGCCAGAGGCCUAGUGUCACAGAUCUGACUGAAGAUCAGUUUGUAAAUGGAAAGUGGGACCAGAAUUUCCUGUUCCCAGGAGGAAGCGGUUCCCUUUCCCGCAACGUCAGUUCCUCCUCAUCCACGUACAGCCAUUCCACACCCCGUGCCGGUGUGACCAAUAACAGCAGCACCACAACGUACAUUUCCGGCAAAGGAGGCUCAACGACACACGGAUAUGAUCUUAGGGAUGGCGGACUUCUCAAAGAGGAAGUGAUUCUGAGGAAGCGUUCUGAGAACAGGCAUUACACAGACGGUGAUGGAGUGAGGGAUUCUAUCGUCAUGGGAAACCUGUCUGGUGGAUUUUUGGACAACUUGGGGGUCUCUAACUUCAGCCAGAGUACAACUACCAGCUACAGCUUGAGCUCCAGAGCUCGUACUCAGUCUGAAGAUAUCAACGAUGCACUGCAGAACCUGGAUAGUGUUCUUCAGGACUCUCGCAUCAACCCGGGUGUUCCUGAGACUCCCAGCAGACUGGUGUUCUCUGCCCUGGGGCCCACGGCCCUGAAAGUGAGCUGGCAGGAGCCCCACUGUGAGACCGAUGUACUGGGGUACUGCGUCCUUUACCAGCUUCUCAGUGGAGGUGAGGUAAAGCGUAUCGAGGUGAACAAUCCCGCUCAGAACUCUGUGGUGGUUCAGGAUCUUCUGCCCAACCAUUCCUACAUCUUCAAAGUGAAGGCCCAGAGUCAAGAGGGCUGGAGUCCUGAGAGAGAGGGAGUCAUCACCAUUGAGUCUGCUGUCGACCCCAAGAGUCCACUGAGCCCAAUGCCAGGAUCUCCAUUCACACUCAGCACUCCCAGCGCUCCAGGACCUUUGAUCUUCACAGCUUUGAGUCCAGACACACUGCAGCUGAGCUGGGAGAAACCCCGCAAACCCAAUGGGGACAUCCUGGGCUAUGUGGUUACCUGUGAACAGCUGCACGGUGGAGGAGAUCUUCGCUCCUUCCAGGUGAAUGGCAAUGCUGCAACUUCUUUGACUGUGUCUGACCUGAAAGAAAACAUGCCGUACAAAUUCAAAGUUCAAGCCCAGACCACACAGGGCUUUGGACCGGAGCGAGAGGGCAUCAUCACCAUCGAAUCCCAAGAUGGAGGCUCCAUGUCACAGUACAACAGUCAUUCAGUCACAAAGAGAGAGGUGUUCAACCUACCAACAGAGAUUACUUCACACACCAUGUUCUCAGAACCUUUCGUGUCUCCAGAAGGUAUGAUGAUGAUGUCGAGCAGACAGAUCACAGAGUCGGGCGGCACCAUCACGCGGCAGGUGGAGAUGGUGCAGAGAGGAGUGAUGUCCAGCAGCACCGUCACUAAGAAGGUGGAGAGACAGUACUUUGAGGCCUAAUCUAACUUCCUUUUGCCUUCAGCUGAAGUCACAUGGCAGAGCAGCAGUAUAAACAUACGCUCUAGUCAAACUAGAAAAGUUCACAGACCAAUGUGCAAAAUAUAUGGUGUUUAUGUGAGCAUGAGAACAGCUGAGUUCUUGGAUUCCUCGGAUUAUUGCUCAUAAAGACCAAAGUCUUCAAGCCUUGAUAUUUUGAUGAAUGUAAAGACUUAAAACCUUUAGUGUUAUCUUAUCACUUCCAAAAAGGUAUUUGUUAAAACUUUUGGCCAUGUUUCAUGUAGUGUUUGCGAGAAAUGUUAUGGAUGUUUGUGGCAUGGGAUGCAGUUAUGUUGCUCAUUUGAGCUUAACUGCAUUCAUUUUGAUGAGGUUUGAAUUUGGCAGGUUUCAUAUCAUGAUGUUUAUAUUAUUGAUGUUGCUUUCAAAUUUCAAGAUGUAUCAAGUUUUUUGAGCAUGUAGGUUUUUUAAAUGCAUUUUCACAUCAAAUAUGCCAUGUCUCUUGAUUUAGAGUGUAUACUUCAACUCAGUAUUUUUCCUCCUAAAUCAAUUUUUUUUUACUUGUUAAGGGUUGCAUAAAAUGUUGCAACACAUGAGUGCAUACAUAUGGACUCGGUUGUAAAUAUGUUACUGAGGUUUGUUUUUUUUAUUGCCUGGUUGCAAGAUGUGCUGUUGUAACUUCAGGCCUGUGGCUGUAUUUCAGAUGACAUAUAAAGUCUGCCAGGUUUGUACACUACUGGCAAUAUGGAAAAGAUUACCAAUCUGACACCUAUGUAAUUACAUUUUUACUGCCUUCAAUAAUUUGUAUGGUACUUUUGUCUUGGGAACAAAUAUAUUUUUUUAGAGUUUUAUAUUAAAAUUGCAUUUCACCAUCAUAUUCAAGCUGUAGUAUGCAAAACGUCUCACUUCAUAUUAGUUCACCUUACCAAUAAAUCAUCCUACCACAGUC